GGUGAUUUUUCAUUUGCCGUUUUUUACGGUGAAAAAAGAGCUCCAAAGCACAGGUGAAGAUGGCGAGGAGUUCAUGCAAAAGCACUGUACUUCUCGUUGGUGGCAGAAUGAUACGUGAGAUUCUACUAAUAUUCAUGGCUGUUUGCUGUGUUUUGGCGCAAGAGUUGCCAACUAACGGAGUGAACGGAUUUAGUCUGCACCCACCUUACUUCAACCUAGCAGAAGGGACAAAAAUUACGGCGACAGCAACCUGUGGGGAGGACGAGAAUGGCCGAGCAAUUCAAGACCUAUACUGUAAACUGGUAGGGGGACCAGUGUCAGGAGACCCGAGCCAAACCAUUCAGGGUCAGUACUGUGAUAUCUGCACUGCUGGAGACAGUAACAGAGCUCACCCCAUCAGUAAUGCCAUAGAUGGGACAGAGAGGUGGUGGCAGAGCCCGCCCCUUUCCCGCAGUGCAGAAUACAAUGAGGUCAACGUCACUCUGGACCUUGGACAGCUCUUCCACGUAGCCUACGUUCUUAUCAAGUUUGCCAACUCUCCACGGCCGGACCUUUGGGUGCUGGAGCGCUCUGUGGACUUUGGAAGGACCUAUCAGCCCUGGCAGUUCUUUGCCUCAUCAAAGAGAGACUGUAUCGAACGCUUUGGCCAGAGAACCAUUGAACGCAUAAACCACGAUAACGAUGUGAUCUGCACAACGGAAUAUUCUCGGAUCGUUCCACUGGAGAAUGGGGAGAUUGUAGUGUCUUUGGUGAAUGGACGUCCUGGUGCUAUGAAUUUCUCCUACUCACCUGUGCUGAGGGAGUUCACUAAAGCCACCAAUAUCCGGCUGCGUUUCCUCCGCACCAACACACUGCUCGGGCAUCUGAUGGGCAAAGCCCUGAGAGACCCAACUGUUACCCGAAGGUAUUACUACAGUAUUAAAGACAUCAGCAUUGGGGGGAGGUGUGUGUGCAAUGGACAUGCUGAGGCCUGUAAUGCCAAGGAUCCAAACGAUCCCUUCAAGUUGCAGUGUGACUGCCAGCACAACACUUGUGGACCGUCAUGUGAUACCUGUUGCCCUGGAUUCAACCAGUUGCCAUGGAAACCAGCAACCACUUACAGUGCCAACGAGUGUGAACCAUGUAAUUGUCAUAAGCACUCUACCGACUGUUACUAUGACUCAGAAGUAGAUCAGCGGAGAGCUAGCCUCAACAUACAUGGAGAAUACAGAGGAGGCGGAGUCUGUGUAGACUGUCAGCAUCAUACCACAGGUAUAAACUGUGAGCGCUGUAGAUCGGGCUACUACAGGUCUCCAGACCACCCCAUAGACUCCCCUUACGCCUGCUCCAAGUGUAACUGUGACUCCCCAUUUACUGAUGGAUCAUGCGAGGACUUAACAGGCCAUUGUUACUGCAAACCCAACUACACUGGAGAGAACUGUGAUUCUUGCGCUGAAGGCUAUGAUAAUUUUCCUAAUUGCUACCCUGUCAUUCCCACUUACCCUGACAACAACAACGGAGAGGCCCGACCCGCAGGAGAGAUCAUCAACUGUGAGUGCAGUGCAGCAGGUACUGAAGGGAAUUCCUGCAGGCCUGACCCCCGUUCCCGGACAUGUAUUUGUAAACUGGGCUUUACUGGAGAACACUGUGACAGCUGUGCUCGUGGCUUCUUUGGUCUCAACUGCCAGCGUUGUCAGUGUUCAGGUCCGGGUUGUUUGGAUGGAUCAUGUGACCAGGUGACGGGACAGUGUUUCUGCCGUGCAGGAUUCCAGGGCUAUUCAUGCGAACAGUGUGCACCCGGCUACUUCAACUACCCUCUCUGCCAACUGUGUGGCUGCAGUACUGUGGGUUCUUUGCCAGGGGGCUGUGACUCAGAGGGUCGGUGUCUGUGUCGGCCAGAGUUCCAGGGCCCUCGCUGUGAGCAGUGUCGCUCAGGCUUCCACUCCUACCCCAACUGCCAGGAGUGCACCUGUGACCCACGCACCUCACUGGACUCCAGCUGUAGUGUAGCAGGGCUCUGCCACUGUAGGCCAAACUACAGCAGCGCAUCAUGUGACCAAUGUGCUCCAGGUUACUAUGGUUACCCCAGCUGCACACCGUGUCAGUGUUCACCAGAGGGCUCUCGGUUCGGCUCAUGUGACCCUGCGUCUGGUCAGUGUACCUGUUUGCCCAAUGUUGUAGGACAGAGGUGUGACUCCUGCAGCCCAGGCUCCUAUGGUUUCCCUCUGUGCCAAGCUGGCACUUGUAAUCCUGCCGGCUCUGUACAGAAUGAGGUGUUACCCACAGUGGCCUCCUGUCAGUGCAGGCCCUAUGUGGAGGGCAGAGCCUGCGAUCAGUGCAAGCCGCUGUACUGGAACCUGUCUCCCGACAAUCCCUAUGGAUGCUCCAAUUGUCAGUGUAACACUCCAGGGACUCUGAGUGCUGUAGCUGAGUGUGCCCAGAGUACUGGUCAGUGUUACUGCAAACCUAAUGUAUGCAGUGGGACAUGCUCUGUGUGUAAAGAUGGAUUCUUCAACCUGCAGAAUGAGAACUAUUUUGGUUGCCAAGGUUGUCAGUGUGACAUCGGAGGCUCUGCUGGUUUGUCAUGUAAUGAGAGGACUGGCAGAUGCACCUGCAGACCCAAUGUAGAGGGACCCAAAUGUAACAGGCCUCGUCCAGAUCACUAUUUCCCUGAUCUCCACCAUCUGAAGUUUGAGAUAGAGGAGGGCACCAUGCUGGACGGGCGCCCCGUCAGGUUUGGCUAUAACCCUCUGGAGUUUGAGGGCUUCAGCUGGAGGGGUUAUGCACAGAUGUCCCCUAUACAGUCCAGGGUGGUGGUGUCAGUUGGGAUUGGUUCUCCAGACCUCUUUCACGUAGUGUUACACUACGUUAAUCGUGGCUCUGUGGACGUGAGGGGAAGGGUGUCGGUUCUAGAGAACGGGAGGACAUUCCACUGUGGGAACUGCUCAGAGCAGUCUAAGCAGAUAGUCUUCGCGCCCAGUUCAGAGCCCACGUUUGUAAAUGUGCCUCAGAACAGUUUUGUGGAGCCAUUUGUGCUGAACCCAGGGACCUGGACCAUCAUCAUAGAGGCUGAGGGAAUCUUACUGGAUUAUUUGGUGCUGCUGCCCAGUGCAUAUUAUGAAGCCCCAAUUCUGCAGUUUAAAGUGACAGAGCCCUGUACCUACAGACCCACUCAGGAGCCCAAUCAGAACUGUUUGCUGUAUAAGUACCUGUCUCUGGAGGACUUUCCCUCUGUGUUGGGGACUGAGGCCAGCUGUCGGUCAGAUAACCACCUUCCUCGACCUUGUCAGACUGACCAAAUCACACCAUCACAUCCAGCCAUGGCUAUCUGCAGUGGUAACGAUAUAAACGUGAACGUGCGUUUGCGUGUGCCUGCUCCAGCGGAUUAUGUGAUAGUGGUGGAAUAUGCAAGUGAGGAUGAAGCACCCCAAACACUCACUGUCUCCGUCAACACACCCGCAGGUCGCAACCAGCAGGAACACAUCACUCUGCUCCACUGCAAAUACAGUUUUCUCUGUCGGGCAGUGACAGUUGAUGAUCAUCAGCGUGUUGCAGUAUUCUCCCUCACUACUGAGGCUGAUAUUCAGCUCAUCGCCGACAGAUCCAGCUUCUUCCUGCACAAAGUGCAUCUAAUUCCUCGCGAUCAAUUCACUAUGGAGUAUGUGACACCAAGAGUCCACUGCAUCAACACUCACGGCCAAUUCUCACCAGACAGCGGUUCCUGCAUCCCGUCUCGAUUCCAGACUCCAUCUCAGUCUCUGGUUCUAAAGGAGGGACAGCUUUCCUCUGUACAGGAACCCAUUCUGGCCUCUCCCCCAGAUCCAGAGACCCCUGCUGAUGCCCCUCAGUGGGCCCCUGCUGACCGUCCCCUCACUGCAGCCCAAAACACAGACCUCAUACGCUUAGACAACUCACAGAAUGCUGUGGUGUACUCGACACGUGUACAUGCCCUGGGUCGCUAUGUGUUCAUCCUACACUACCACCAGCCCCUGCACCCCACCUACCCCGUACAGGUCUACAUCAACGGAGGACGCAUCUGGCAGGGACAUGCCAACGCCUCUUUCUGUCCCCAUGGUUACGGUUGCCGAAGCCUUCUGAUGUCAGAGAACCGGAUCAUUCUGGAUGUGACGGACCAUGAUGUUAUCCUCACUGUCCGUGUGCCUGAGGGAAAAACACUCUGGCUGGACUAUGUACUGGUGGUGCCUGAAAGCAGUUACAGCAGCAGCUUCCUGUCUGAGGAGCCACUGGAUAAAUCCUAUGACUUCAUUAGUAACUGUGGACAGAACAGCUUCUACAUUAACCCGGCAACAGCAUCUCCAUUCUGUGUGAGUUCGGCUACAUCUCUGUCUGCGUUCUUCAAUAACGGAGCUCUGCCCUGCGGAUGCCAUGAGGUGGGCGCUGUGAGUGACUCCUGUGAACCUUUCGGUGGACAGUGCCAAUGUAGGCCAAACGUGAUUGGACGAGACUGCUCCCAGUGUGCCACGGGGUACUGGGGUUUCCCGAACUGCAGACCAUGUAGCUGUGGCAGUCGUCUGUGUGAGCCAGUGACGGGGGCGUGUAUCUGUCCCCCACGGACUCAGCGUCCUGAGUGCAUAGAGUGUGAACCACAGACGUUUGGCUGCCAUCCACUGGUGGGCUGCGAGAUGUGUAACUGCUCCAGACCUGGAGUCGCCUCGUUCGAUGUCGGAUGUGACACCAGCAGUGGACAGUGCCAGUGCAAGGAUAAUAUUAUUGGACGGCAGUGUGACCGCUGUGCUCCUGGUUUCUAUGGUUACCCGAACUGUCGAGCCUGUGAUUGUAAUGAAGCAGGCACGGAGGUGGAUGUGUGUGAUGACACCACAGGACGCUGUCUUUGCAAGGAAAAUGUGGAAGGGGCACGUUGUGACCAGUGCAGACUGGGAACAUUCCACCUGGAUCCCACAAACCCUAAAGGCUGCACCAGCUGCUUCUGUUUUGGAGCAACGGAUCGCUGCCGCAGCUCUCAUAAGCGCAGGACUGAGAUUAUGGAUUUGAAUGGCUGGGUGUUGUUGAGAGGGGACAGGCAGGAGGUGCCUGUGACUGUGUAUCUGGAUCAGGACCUGGCAGAAGCUGAUCUCAGUGACGUCCCUGAUGUUUACCAGGACCUGUACUGGCACGCCCCCCAGGCCUACCUGGGUGACAAGGUAACAUCAUAUGGAGGAUCUCUGAGGUAUCGGUUGCACACUCAAACAAUGAGAGGAGAUACUAUUUCUCCAAUAGAGGAGGCACCUCGUCCUGAUGUCAUACUGAAGGGUAAUCAAAUGACUCUGGUGUUUAUGGAGAGAGAAUAUCCCUCACCUGAGGAUCCACAUGAGGGAGUUGUUCAUCUCGUGGAGGGAAGCUUCCGGCAUUUUCAGACAGGGAAUGUCGUAUCUCGAGAGGAGCUAAUGAUGGUUUUGGUGGCCCUGGAAUCACUGCAGAUUCGAGCUCUGCACUCCCAGUUCGCAGAGGCUGUGUCUCUACGUGCCCCUGUUCUGGAAGGCGCUGAAAACCUGCCUUAUGGUCGCCAUGCCAACAACGUGGAGAUCUGCCUCUGUCCCGCUAACUACCUGGGUGAUUCCUGUCAGAAAUGUGCUCCAGGUUAUUAUAGAGACACAAAAGGACUCUUCCUGGGCAAGUGUGUACCAUGCAACUGUAAUGGACACUCUGACGAGUGUCUGGAUGGAUCUGGAAUAUGUGUUAACUGUCGUCACAACACUGCUGGAGACCACUGCGAGAAAUGCCAGAGUGGUUUCCAUAACAACAACACAGUCGAUGGGCAGGCUGUGGCCUGCGACAGCUGCCCAUGCCCGCUGCAAGUCGCCUCCAACAAUUUUGCAGUUGGCUGUGUGGAGAAACCUAAUCAGAUGCAGUGUCUGUGUAUGCCUGGGUAUGCAGGACCCAAAUGUGAAAGGUGUGCCCCAGGUUUUUAUGGCAACCCCAUGGUCAUCGGCAGCACAUGUCAGCCCUGCCGUUGCCACGACAACACAGACCCCAAUAUGUUAUUCAGUGACUGCCAUCCGCUGACCGGCGAGUGCCAGGGCUGUAUGUACAACACUGCAGGGCCGCACUGCGAGAUCUGUGCACCUGGUUUCUAUGGCGAUGCCAUCACGGCCAAGAACUGUACCAGAUGCAACUGCUCUCCAUGUGGUACUGAGUCAUGUGAUCCUCAGACUGGGCAGUGCCACUGCAAACCUGGCGUUACUGGUGCCCAGUGUGACCGCUGUGAGGAGGGGGCAUUUGGCUUUGAGUUGUGCUCUGGUUGUCAGCGUUGCGACUGUGAUGCUGCUGCUGCCCUGGUCCAGCCGUGUGACCCAAGAAAUGGCUCGUGUGUUUGCCAGCCGGGUGCCAACGGACCACACUGCCGCCAGUGUGCCCCAGGGUACUGGGACUACAGCCCCAGUGGCUGCAAGAAGUGUGACUGUAAAGGAGGCCACUGCGACCCGCGCACUGGUGAGUGUCGCUGUGCAGAUGGACUGACAGGAAAACAGUGUGACACCUGUGUGGACCGUUACAGCGUCCCUGUCCCCAAUGGACAAGACUCUACUCAGUGCCAAGUGUGUGACAGUUGUGUGGUGGUGUUGUUGGAGGAUCUGGAUAAGAUGUCUGAACAGUUUCAAGCAGUUGCCAACCAACUCACCAAUCUCAGUGCCAGUGCCAUCUCCUGGGCCCAGUUACACAAGCUUAACCAGUCCAUACAGUCUAUCGCUAGUACCGCUGAGAACUACAACAGCACUUUAGAUGAGAGCAGGGGCAAGGCGGACAUGAUGGAGAGAGAGAUUCACAACAUCAACGCCGACAUCAGCGAACUCGAGGAGAAGGCAUCGCUGACCAAAAGAAAGGGUGAUGAUCUGGAAAACAACACCAUCUCAGCACACCAGAGAGCUGAAGACCUGAUCAGCUUCAUCAGAGGAAUCAUGGGAAAGGUGGAAGACAUGCUGAAUCAGAUGAACCGCACAGAGGAGGACACUCAGGAUGAAGAUGACCUCAGGAUGAAGUUGAUGGAAGUGGACUCCAUGCUGCGGGAUAUGAGAUUCCGGAAUGCCGACAUCCAGCGGAAGGCUGCUGAGGCAGAGCUGUCAAGGGCCAACAAAUUGAUGGACCGAGUGAAGAAGGAGAUGGCAGACCGUCAGGCAGCCAAUGAAGGAGUGGAACAAGGGAUCAGGGAUCGUUUAGGAAAAUUCCACUCUCAGCUGAUGGAUUUGAGAGAUUCUCUGAAUGAAGCCGUGCAAAAUACAGCACUUUCCUCAGAGAUCAACAACAUGAAUCAGAAACGACUGGAGGAGAUCCAGCAAAAAAUCAACAGGCUGAAAGAGAAAGAGAGAGAGGUGGAGGAAACACUACGGAUGGCGGAGGAGGAUGUAGCUCUGGUCAUGGAUAUGCUGCAAAUGCUACAGGAGUCUAAAGAGGAUUAUGAGCACCUGGCAGCUCAGAUAGAUGGAGCAAAGAAGCUCAUUGGGGAGAAAGUACAGAAAUUUGCUCCUGCUGCCUCCAAAACACAGCUUGUCCAUAAAGCAGAGAAACAUGCUGAGCUGCUGGAUGAACUGGCCAGGAACCUGACCAGUGUCAUUUCGGAAACUAAUGAGGAUGGUUUUGUCCAGCGAACGCUGAACACCUUACGUGCCUAUACAGACAUCAUCAACAGCAUUCAGGAGGCUGAGACUGCUGCCAACCAAGCCAACGCAGCUGCCAUGGAUGCCCUGGAGGGGGUUAAAGAUCAGAAUCUGCCUGAGCUGGCAGACGGAAUGAAGAAUGAGAGCAUUGCAUUGCAGGAGGAGGCCAGAGAGCUUCAGGACCAGCUUAAUGAUGAUUUGAAACCUCGGCUGGAGGACAUUCAAAAGCGUCUGCAGAAUGCUACAGAGAAGAAAGACUCACUCCUGCAGGAUUUGAAGAACGUGAAUCUUAAUGUUAGCCGAGAGGAGACAGCGCGGAAUAUCGAUGCAGCUAAACGGGCGGCAGAGAAAGCCAAUCAGACAGCUGAAGAAGUUCAGAAACAGCUGGAUCCUAUUAGAGACCAGCUAGAGGAGUGGCAGAAACAGUAUGGAGACUCUAAUGCAACCAGUGACGACAUCGACAGAGCCCUACAGCAGGCAAAUGAAUCUGUGAGUAAGUUGGGAGAGACUCUUCCUAAGUUGUUGGAGAAGCUGGAUAAACUGCAGAAUAACACCACGCCGAUGCAGAACAUCUCUGAGAACAUUCUUCGAAUACGGCAACUCAUUGAGCAGGCCCGCAAGGCUGUCAGCAAGGUGAGCGUGUCCAUGAAAUUUAACGGAUCAUCAGGGGUACAGGUCAGAACUCCCAGUAACCUGGCUGACCUGGCCGCCUACACGUCUCUCAAAUUCUACAUCACCCUACCUGAGAACAGCCGCCGCCGCCGUGAAGAGAACGCCGCCAAGCACCAGUUUGUCUUCUACCUGGGAAACAAAAAUGCCAGUAAAGAGUUCAUGGGAAUGCGUUUGGAGGGAAAACGGCUGCGUUGGUACUAUAACUUGGGUGAGGAAACAGCAGACGUUUUGAUGAAUGAGGAUGUCAAAUCAGACACCUACUUCAGCAAGGUCAUUCUGGAGAGGAUCCUGCAGUUUGGCCAGAUGACUAUGUCUGAGGUGGCUGAAAGGAGACUGACUAAACAGGUAGUUGAAGCUAAAGGAGACAAAGGUUUGCUCAACCUACAGACUGAGGACACUGUCUUUUAUGUAGGAGGUUACCCCAAAACCUUCACGCCUCCUCCUGUGCUAAAGCAGGAUAACUUUAAGGGCUGUAUAGAGUUGGAGGCACUGAAUGAGGAGGUUCUCAGUCUCUAUAACUUUGAACAAACCUUCCAGCUGGACACCAAAGAUGCUGUGCCCUGCUCAAGGUCUAAUCCCACUCUGAGCCAGCAGUGGGUUAAUGACGGUGCGUACUUUGACGGUACUGGCUACGCUGACGUGACGCUGAAAAGUGACAGCGGUUAUCCGCGUCUUGAGCAGGAGGUCAAACUUCUCUCACACAACGGCAUUCUGAUUCUGCUACAACGUGAUGACAUGUUUGUGUGUCUGGCGGUGAAAGACGGUUUACUGAAGCUCUACUAUAAAUUAUCGGAUCGUAUGGAGGAUCAAAAAGCCAAGACAGCAGACGAUAUGCUGAGAGUCAGUGAUGCCAAAGCCAGAAGUAUUGAAUUAAUCUACACGAGAAGUCGUAUAAUCGUUCGGCGUGAGCGUCAGCCCCUGUAUAUGGCUGAGUUUCCUAAUCUCCCAGAAUUCAAGGAUAAUUAUUUCCUUGGAGGAGUUCCACAGGAUAAGAUGCCGGAGAGUCUAAAGGCUCUGUUCCCAGGACGGGGUUCUAUAAAGGGCUGUUUCAGGAAUAUAAAAGCUGCCAGCUCCUAUGUUGACCUGAAGAGCAUGAAGAGUACUGGAGUCAGUUUUGGCUGUCCUGAUGACCUACUGGUGGCUCGUGAAGCGUAUUUCUCUGGACAGAGUUAUCUGCUGAUGGACAGCACCACCGGUCUCACAGAUAGUUUCUACGCAGGGGUUGGGUUCCGCACUGAACAGAAAAAUGGAAUAAUGUUUUACCACCAGGCUCAGAAUGAUGUGUCUCAGAUCUUCCUGGAUAGAGGUCAUGUUGUAGUCAGAGCUCAGAACAAUGAGGUCAGAUCUGAGAAGACCUACAAUGAUGACAACAGCCACUAUGUGGCAGUGUACAGUAACAGGAAUGGGCUACGUCUCUAUGUGGAUGACAUGCUGGAACGGAGCAGUGGGAGUGGACGCUCCACUGGUGGUAGAGCAGGACUUUCUCUCGGGGGCAUCUACCUGGGUGGCACUCCGUACUCGGAUGGCAUCUCAAACCUCACUGGCUGCCUCAACAACCUGUUCAUCAAGAGAGACACAGAGUUCCCAGCAGUGGAGGAUCUUUUGAAAGCCACAGAGAAUUACAACGUUCCUCUGGACUGCCCAGCUCCAAAAAAACCACAACAGAUCCUUGCCUCUCCCCCACGCAGCAAAAACCAUAAGGGUAAACAGAAGAAGCCCCAGGGUAAGUCGCGGAGCCGCGCGAUUCGUGAGUCCUGCCAGGGCGGGGUGUCUGUCCAAGAGGCUGGUGCCUACCAGUUUAGUGGCUCCACUCACAGUCACUUGCGCUUUAACACACUACCCCCAGUUUUCAGCCAAAGGCCUCAUAUCGCCAUGGAGGUGCGUGUGAAUUCUUCCGAUGGGCUGAUCUUUUCUGCAGUGGGAGCGAAGGGUGAGGUAACCAUGAUGCUGUCUGUAUCUGAUGGGGACUAUGUGCUCCUGGUGAACGGAGAUAAGAAGAAGAAGACAAGUAUCCGCAGCAAGUCAGAGUACAAAAACAGAGAAUGGCACACGGUGUUUGUGAGGGUGGAGGGGGGCAAAGCCAGUCUGACAGUUGAUGGCAUUGAUGUUCAGAGCAGAAAGAUCUCAUCAGGGCAGAAGAGUCCAUUCAUCUCUCAGCUCUAUAUUGGUGGUCUGCCACCGGAACACGGCGCAGCGUCAAAGCCUGGGUUUGUAGGUUGUAUUAAAAAUCUGAGGCUGAAUGAGGAGGACCCUGGAAGUCCCUCUCACAGUGUGGGCGUGGUUCCGUGUUACCAGGAACCCCUGCAGUCUGGGGUCUACUUCUCCAGUGAAGGAGGACUGCUAACCAUCGACGAGUCUCUUGUUCUGGGUCGGGAUCUGGAGAUUCAGUUAGAGGUUCGGCCACUGACAGACUCUGGGCUGCUGCUGCAGGUGGGAGGGAAGAAAACCCAGCAACUCAGCCUCUACCUCAACCAGGGAGAGGUCACAGCUCUGAUGAACAGUGGAAGUGGACAGUUUUCAAUCAGUGUCACGCCAGAGGAAUCUUUGUGUGAUGGAAAAUGGCACAAAAUAGCAGUUGUGAAGAAGAACAAUGUGAUCCAGCUCCAUGUGGACACAGUCAGCGAACACGGUGUUGGACCCAAACAGAGCCGCUCUUCUGGGAAAAAAGAGACGGUCUACCUGGGAGGAAAGCCAGAUGGAGCAGUAGUCCCAGGUAUGCCAUCCUCUGUCCCACCCUUCCAUGGCUGCGUUAGGAAAUCAGAUCUAAAUCACAGACCUGUGAUUCUGUCCAAACCUCUGUCUGUUUCUGGAGCAGUGGGCCUACAGGGUUGCCCUUCCAUGUAGUCUUUAUUGAAGAGGUCGCCCAAAAAUUCUUUCCCCAAGAGUUCGUCAUGUCUCCCUCAAAGCCUCCCUAAUAAGUCACUCUAAACCUAUCCCCAACACACGCGCUGAUCAUCUUCAGCUUUCCUCAUUAUGACAUCCCCAAAUUAUUGAUCAAUAUUAAAACCAGAUCACGUAAUCCUAACACCACAC